GGCGUGGAGGGGGUCCGGAGUGCAAUUGCGGCGACCGUACCGGCGCCGCUCGCCGUUCGCAGCGGGGCGGUGGGGAUGAGCCUCCGCCCGGCCCGGUUCAGAAGACGCGGGCAGAGCGGCACCGCACGCCAGACCGGGCCCCUCGCAGCCCGCUCGCCGCCGCCAGCCCGGAGCGGGGUCGCCGCGGAGCUCGAGGAGCGGCGCUGAGCGGCGCUGAGCGGAACCGCCCGCUCAGGCCCUGUCGGGCGGCGGAGGAGCGGGAGCCGUCGGGGCGGCCAGGCCCUCGCUCCCCGCGCGGUGGUUGGUCGCGCUAGGGGGGCCGCGGCCCGGCGCCCGCGGGGAGGAUGGUGAGGCCGGUGGCCGCCCCUGCGCCGGGCCGAGGGGCGACGGAGCCGAGGCGGGCCCGGGUCGGCCCCCGCCGGGGCUGAGGGGCUGCCGGGGCGCCCCGCAGCGCGGCCGUGAGCGGCAGGAUGAGCGCUCCCGCCCUGCUGCCGCUGGCCGGGCGCAGGCUGCCCGCCCUCAACCUGGGCGCGUCGUCCUUCCCUCACCACAGGGCUACCCUGAGACUGUCGGAGAAAUUCAUCCUGCUCCUUAUCCUGAGUGCCUUCAUCACGCUGUGCUUCGGGGCGUUCUUCUUCCUGCCCGACUCCUCGAAGCACAAACGCUUUGACCUGGGGCUGGAGGACGUGCUCAUCCCUCACGUGGACACCAGCAAGGGGGGCAAGCACCUGGGAGGCUUCCUGAUCCACGGGCAGGGGCACGACGAGCACCGGCACAGAGAAGAAGAAGAGCGUCUGAGAAAUAAGAUCCGAGCAGAUCAUGAAAAGGCCCUGGAAGAGGCAAAGGAGAAAUUGAAGAAAUCGCGUGAUGAGAUUCAAGCUGAGAUUCAGACUGAAAAGAACAAAGUAGUGCAAGAACUGAGAAAGAAAGACAGCAAGCCACUGCCCCCUGUUCCUUUACCAAAUCUUAUAGGGAUAAACAGUGGAGAACCAGCAGACCCAGAUAUUCGAGAGAAGAGGAACAAAAUCAAAGAGAUGAUGAAGCAUGCCUGGGACAAUUAUAGGCAAUAUGGAUGGGGACAUAAUGAGCUCAAACCAAUUGCCAGGAAAGGACAUUCCACCAACAUAUUUGGAAACUCACAAAUGGGUGCUACCAUAGUAGAUGCACUGGAUACUCUUUAUAUAAUGGGGCUUCAUGAUGAAUUCCGAGAAGGACAAGAAUGGAUUGACAAGAAUCUUGAUUUCAGUGUGAAUUCUGAAGUAUCUGUUUUUGAGGUCAAUAUUCGCUUCAUUGGAGGCCUUUUAGCAGCGUACUACCUUUCAGGCCAAGAGGUUUUCAAGAUCAAAGCAGUGCAGCUGGCAGGAAAACUUCUUCCAGCCUUCAACACGCCUACGGGUAUACCAUGGGCAAUGGUAAAUCUGAAAAGCGGUGUGGGUCGGAACUGGGGCUGGGCUUCUGCAGGCAGCAGCAUCCUUGCUGAGUUUGGUACUCUACAUAUGGAAUUUGUCCACCUAAGCUAUUUAACAGGAGACCCGGUAUAUUACAACAAGGUCAUGCACAUUCGGAAGUUACUCCAAAAAAUGGAUCGUCCUAAUGGACUUUAUCCAAAUUAUUUGAACCCAAGAACAGGCCGGUGGGGUCAGCAUCACACAUCUGUGGGCGGGCUGGGAGACAGUUUUUAUGAAUAUUUAUUGAAAGCCUGGCUUAUGUCAGACAAAACGGACACAGAAGCAAGAAAAAUGUACGACGAUGCCAUUGAGGCCAUAGAAAAACACCUCAUCAGAAAGUCCAAUGGAGGACUGACCUUCAUUGGAGAGUGGAAGAAUGGACACCUUGAGAGAAAGAUGGGCCAUUUGACCUGUUUUGCAGGAGGAAUGUUUGCCCUUGGAGCAGAUGGUUCCCGAGAUGACAAAGCUGGACAUUACUUGCAACUUGGAGCUGAAAUUGCACAUACUUGUCAUGAGUCAUAUGACAGAACAACAUUAAAGCUGGGUCCAGAAGCAUUCAAAUUUGAUGGUGGUGUAGAGGCAGUGGCAGUGCGUCAGAAUGAGAAGUAUUAUAUCCUAAGACCAGAGGUGAUUGAGACCUACUGGUAUAUGUGGAGAUUCACACACGAUCCCAAGUACAGGCAGUGGGGCUGGGAGGCAACACAGGCAAUUGACAAGUAUUGCCGAGUUAGUGGUGGCUUCUCUGGUGUCAAGGAUGUCUACUCAUCAUCUCCUACAUAUGACGACGUACAGCAGAGCUUUUUCCUUGCUGAAACAUUGAAGUAUUUGUAUCUGCUUUUCUCCAACGAUGACCUUCUCCCGUUAGACAACUGGGUUUUUAACACAGAAGCUCAUCCCCUGCCUGUUUUACAUUUAGCAAACACCACACUUUCAGGAAAUCCUGCUUAUCGAUAAAAUCAGCUCUAAGAAGAGGAAGAGAGACUUUUCAGCUGUUUUGUUUACAUGGAUCAACUGAGACUUUAAGCAGGAGAGGAGAUGGACACUUGAUAAAUCUUGACCUCUGAGUCAAGUACAGGCGUGAGAAACAAAGCUCUUCGACAUAUAGAUGAGUAAAACUGAAACAAAGUUCUGUUUUAUAUAUGACCAAAACACAGGUGUGGUAUUUGCAGGACAGAGACUUCAAGUGCUUUGAACCCUAGCAAGAAAUGGAAUCUACUGUCUAAAACAAUGCAGCAGCGUGAGGAAGAAGAGCCUUUCCUGUUUAGGGACAGGAACUUGCAGCUGCUGCUGUUGGCUGUUUUAAGGCACAGCAUACCAGUCAUCUCUUCAGUUCGGGUGGGUUCCAAAUACUUUGAUUCUUUUUCUUUUUCUUUUUGUUUGAUGAUGGCAUGAACAAAACAACAACAAAAAGCAACAUCACUGCACCAGCAGCAUCAGGAUUUGAAUUUUUUUCUGUACCUGUCUGAAUUUUCUAAGGAACAUCAGUUUGCCCAGACUGGCAGCCAUUCUUGGGGCCUUCAAACUAUAAAAACUAAACUAUAAGAACUAUUACUUUCUCAUUUUCCUUUUCAAAGCAGUGUUGAAGGUUCUGUGUUGUGUGCUCACACUCAAAAAAGCAAUGAAUAAGCAUUUGGUUUGUAGUUUGCUGUCAACAACAAAGGCUUAGCUCAUUUUGCAAGUUGUGGUUAGAGUGUGGAGCAUAACACUGGGGUGGGAUAAGAGACUAAGCGUUCUUUCUUCGUAAAUCCCAUCACGUGGGAAGUCCACAUUUUCUUGUUUUUCUUGUUUCUUCUAGCCAAGUUUGCAAAGAUAAAAACUUGAGAACAGUCUCAUAACUUAUAUAGCAAGGUACAGGAUAUGACAUUUAAAAGUGCUCCCCUUCAGCUAAGCAGCAGGAGUUUGUUGUUUUAUGUUUUUCCACGCAAUUUGGAUUUUUCCUGAAAAUCAAUUUCACUCUUUGGGUAAUAUUCACAGAACCUUAUUUGAAGGUUUGAAAUCCUAUCUUAUCAUAUUUCUGUGUAUGACAGAAGCCAAGAACUGCCUUUGAUUUAGUCUAGAAAACUCCUUUCCGUUUGGGUGACCUGCAACAGUGCAAAGCCAACGUGAUUGUCUUUGAAAACAACCUCUCUUACACAUGAGUGGAAGAAGAAACUGCAGAUUCUCUUCAAUUAGUUGAUAAGAAAUGAGAUGCUGUUUCCUUUUUUUUUUUUUCCCUUGAGUACUCAAAGGCUGGAGUAGUUCAAAUACUUUGAAAUUGGGCUGGACAGUAUCAGUUGAGCCGCAGUCUUCACAAUUUUUGCUAAAGGAAAUUUAGCCUUUUCAAGUAUCUCUUCAUCGAUCAAUAUUUUUUUUUUAGUGUUGUUCCAGAAUCCUUACAGCUUGCAUAAUUAUUUUUACUCCCCCUUAUAGCUCUCACAUCCGUUUGCCACAGUGACUGGCAUUUGUGCUGGAAAAGAGCAGUGAGGUGCUUCUUUCCCUCCUAAUUUGUGCAUGGGUUGAAUCUUUCAAAAAUUCUGAUUGUCUUCAAACUCAAGUGAGUGAAUGAAUUGUCUUUAGUGAACUACAGCAGUGCAGCACCAUGUCUAGAGGGAAUACCCUCUAUAUACCCUGAAUACCCUCUCCCCCUUAAGAAUGCUUAUAUAUGAAAUUUCGUAUAUAAAAACCUUUUCCCAAUACCACAUUAUAAUUUUUCUGACUAUACAUUGAAAUAGGAUUUCCUAUAGUAUUUUUCCUCACUUUUCUUUGACAGUAAUUUAUACAUAGCAUUUUUUCCUAGGUCAAGUGAUUAUUUCUAUCAGACUCUGUCCUCCAGACUGUCACUUUGGUUUAAGAAGAGGAAGACACAGACCUUAGAAAACAAUCUGAUAUCAACAUUUUUGCCUUCAUACCAAUUACUUAGUUACUGUAUUUGCAGCAGUAUCUUAAAAAUAAUUUGAGAGCUGAUAAAGUAAUUGAUGUAGUAAAUAAUACUGAUUCAAGCAAUUGUUAAGUGAGAAGUAUCUUAGUAAAUGGUUUCUUCUUAUUAGUUGCACAUUAAUUAAUUUCUCUUAAAUCUCUAAGUAACAAGUAGAAAUAAGGAAGAUAGAUUCCUCUUGUUUUUUCUGUUUUUUUUUUUUUUUU